AGCUCAACCAUUAUCGCCUUGUAAUCAGAUAUAUUCACGUUUUGUCCUCGUGCACUUGCACGCCCCGCGCUGUCGUCAACGGCGUGGACAACAAAAGGCAAAUCGACGGAUGCAGCCCUGAAAGCUGCGUAGUGAAGUCAUAGCCGCUCCAUUUGGUGCAAUUCAUUCUCCAACCUCAACUCCUCCAUAUUCAAUAACCUCACGAGUUCGAGAACCAACCAACUGAUUCUUCUCCCAUCAAUUACCUCAGGACAAUGCCUCCAAGUGUAGACUUGGUCGUUGUAUUUCGUGCUUCGCCGGGGAAGACGUACACCAAGGCGCACGCGAGACAGAACGCACAACAAACGGAACAGCAGUAUGCUCGUUUACUCAACACGCUCAAGAAAGGCGGUCUAAGAGCUGUUGGGAAGAGGGGGGAAAGAGAGGGGCAGCUGUUGAUACUUAUCUCAUGUCCAGAACCCUUGUUGAAAAGGUUGGCUCAACGCGAACGACAUUCCGACUUUCUUUCUGGCCUCUUGCCAAAGAACCCAAUAGGCGGAGAAGACCUUGAUACAACGCCUUUAUCUCCUGCAGAUCGCAUACGACUCAUCCAUACCUACAUUACCUCUGCCGAUGUGGAUGGCGGACUCGGUAUCGCACCUCUGUCAGACGAAUGGAACCGCGUGGAGUCUUUAAUGGCUCUACACGACCAUCAAUUCAAUGAUAACUGGAUUCGCUCUUGGACGACAUCUCAGCUCGGUUUCGUCAAGUACGAUCAAAUCAAAGAGCAAUUCGGUGAAAGCGUCGCGCUGUACUUCUCAUUCCUUUCGACGUAUACAAAGGCUUUACUCGGCAUAUCUGCUUUAGGUGCAGGAUUCUACUUCUUUGCAGCGCCUUAUUCAACGCUGUAUUCGACUUUACUUGUCUUGUGGGCGAUCACGUUCGUCGAAUGGUGGCGAAUCAAGCAGCGCGUGUUGUCGGUACGUUGGGGAACCCUUGGCUCGUUCAGAGUGGAGAAACGCAGAGCACAUUACAAGCCUAUUGCAUGGUGGAAGCGGGACCUCCGAAUGAUCACGAGCAUCCCCGUCAUUUUGUUCUUUGCAGCCAUUCUCGCCGUCCUUCUUACAGGUAUAUUCGUAUUUGAAGCAUUCGUCACGCAGUUGUACACAGGACCUGGGCACAGAUUGAUCGGCUUCAGUCCAACGAUCCUGUUCAUGGCCAUCGUCCCUCGCUUCCUAGGUAUCUACAACAACUACGCUAUUCGUCUCACAAACUGGGAGAACCAUUCUCGUCAGUCCACCCAUGACGCGUCACUGACUAUCAAGACAUUCUCCUUGUCAGCCAUUGUUGCUUACCUCGGUUUGGCACUUUCGGCAUUCGUCUAUGUGCCAUUCGGCGAGGAAGUGAUGACCUUUGUGCAAACCUACCUGUUCCAUCGCAAUACACCAUUCCGCGCCGGUGCAAAAUCAUGGGCUUCCUCGAUAUUCUCUACGUUUGGCGCAGGGCCCACUGCUACUGCGGUUGCAGAUGCGCCAGAGAAACUCGCUAAUGUCACGACAGAUGAAAUCCGUAACCAAACCGCCAAGGGAUUCUGGGAGACGGAUAGUAUCAACGCUCGAAGCAAACUGAACGCUUCACGUCUGCAAGACCAAAUGUUCGCUUUCACCGUUACCAACCAAGUGGUCAAUACUUUCCUUGAGAUUGGACUGCCUUUUGUCCUUCGUGCAGUUAUAUCAUUCCGGAACGGUAAAGGAUUGUCUUUUGCGGCUCCUGCUGGUGGUGCGGCUUCAGCGGGGAAGAAGAAACGUGUGAUGUUCGAGGAUGAAGCUAGUGGAAGUGAAGUUGCGAAGAAUGCUAACGGUAAGGAGGAGAGGGAGUUCAUGGAAAUGGUCAGGAGGGAAGUGGCCUUGCCCGAGUACAAUUUGUUUGCGGAUUAUAGUGAGAUGAUCACCCAGUUUGGAUACGUCGCUUUGUGGUCGACCAUCUGGCCGCUCGCCACAGUGAUGUCGUUGAUGAACAACUGGCUUGAGCUGCGUUCAGACGCGUUCAAAAUCGCCGUCCAUACUCGUAGGCCAAUCCCUUCGCGAAGCGAUACCAUUGGACCCUGGCUCGACACACUCACCUUCCUCGCUUGGCUAGCAGCUCUAACAAAUUCGGCGCUAGUCUACCUUUUCCGUCCAAGUGACCAAUGUAAGCCCGUCGGCACGUCCCUACAACAUCAGCAUCGCCAUCUCAGUAAUACCAAUUCCUCGACGCGUGAACUCCUGUUCUCCGCCAUGUUAGUGGCUUUGGCAGCUUCACAUGGGUACAUGGUAGUGAGGGUCAUUGUCCGGCACGUGCUGGAGAGGUUGCUUUGGAAAGGUAGUAAGGAGGAGAAGGAGGCGGAAAGGAUGGAGACGGUGGUGAAGGAACAGUAUCUGAGGAGUCUGGGCGUUGCGGAUGUUAGGGAGGAGAAGACCGAUGUUGCGGUCGCGACAAAGGCUGAUGCUGUUGAUGUUUCUGAUGGUGCGGAGGCUUUUUGGGAGUUUGAUGAGGGGUUGGAUGAGAUCCAGAGGGUGCUCAAAGAUGCUUGAGAGGUCGCGAUGUUAACAAGUUGAUAUGUACACGAACCCGGGACCAGGUCACUUUGUUUUUGCGUCUUCGAUUUGUUGGGUUGUUUGAAUUCUGGUUGAUCCCAUACACGGACUGUUCGUAGUUGUCUUUGUCUUUGUCUUUGCUGGGUUUUCUUCGUGUGCUUUCCUAUCCUUUGCGUUCGCUUGUAUGCCUAUAAUUGCCUUCAUUAAAUGGCCUCGUAAUACCGCUUUGCUCACCAAGGACAGGCUUAAAUGGGGCGCGCUUAGAUUAGAUCCUAGAAACCGGCGUUUUGGAUGUAAAUGAGUCUCCAUGGUGAUUUCCGGCAGCUCGCACGUCUUGCACGCUGUCUGCCACGACGUCGGGCGACUUGUCGGGAACGCCUCUAACGACGGC